AUGACUACUACGGUUCCUUUAAUAUACUCAUUUCCCGAGUUUUUGGGAGUUGCUGAAGCAGUGGCAGACCAUGUUAUCUCGGCGCAAAACAUGACGUUGUACAAUACGUUGGAUCAUGCACAGAUUGAAUUAAUCAAACAGGAUAAGUUGAGCAGGCCAUCGUUGCUCAAUUCGUCGAGUGCGUUGUCUUUGAGUGGAAAUGGUAACGGAAACGGUGUGAACGGCAAAGUUAAGAAGGAGAAGAAGAAGAAGGUGGAUAUCAGGUUCAAGAUCGCGAUUAGUGGGGGUUCAUUAAUCAAGAUAUUAAAAGAGGGCCUUUUGUCGAGACAGGACGAAAUCGAGUGGGAUAAAUGGGACGUCUACUUUGCGGAUGAGAGAUUGGUGCCGUUUGAAAGUGACGAUUCGAAUUAUGGACAGGCCAAACGAGAGCUUUUUGAUAACAUCAGUGGCGACAUAAAACCAAAUAUUUAUCAUAUAGACGAAGCAUUGAUCGAUGACCCCCAGGAAUGUGCCGAUGUAUAUGAGAAGUUAUUGAUCCGUAAUUUUGCAAAGAAGGAUUCGGUUAAAUUGCCAAUGUUUGAUUUAUUGUUAUUAGGCUGUGCCCCUGAUGGUCAUAUCGCUUCGUUAUUCCCAAAAUAUGGUGAGCAAUUAAGAGAAAAGCUUGCUUGGUGUUUACCGGUUUUAAACGCCCCUUCAGGUCCGGAAAAUAGAAUCACAUUAUCGAUACCGGUAAUUUGUCAUGCGCAUAGGGUUACUUUUGUUGUUGAAGGUUUAACCAAGGCACCAAUCAUGAGAACAAUCAUGGAAAGACCUGAAAAGGGUUUACCAAGCUCUAUAGUUAAUGAAGGUGCAGCUGGUAGAGUUACAUGGUUUGUAGAUGAUGAUGCUUUGAAUGACUGCUAUGAUAUUACAAAGAAAAAAUAUAAAUUUUUAUCAAUUAAUGAUCCAAAUAGUUAG